AUGGUUCCAAAUAUUGAACUUUCGAGAGAGAUUGGAGCGCCUCAAUCUACCAUCUCUCUGCUGGUGACUAAUUUUCCGGAUGUGGCAUUCAUUAAGCAUAGUAGGUUUGAUAUGGCUCUCCAAGAGGUGAGAGAAAUGAGAUUUGAUCCUUCAAAAUCGGCGUUUCUCAUUGCACUCCAAGAUAUUUUAAAAGUGAAGAAACCAAAUUGGGAAUCUAAAUUAGAGGUUUAUAAGGGGUGGGGUUGGUCCAAGGAUGUUGCUUUCUUAGCGUUUAAAAGGGCUCCCCAAUCUUUGCUUGUAUCAGAAGAGAAGAUUUGCAAAGCAAUGGACUUCCUCAUAAAUCAAAUGGGUUUCUCUUGUAAAGAUAUUGCUAGAAAUCCUAUUGUUAUACUAUUAAGCUUGAAGAAGGGGAUUAUCCCUAGAUGUUCAGUUGUUAAAAUUUUGCCAGCCAAUGGUUUUCUCAAGAAUGAUAUAAGCUCAAUGACUUUCUUACUACCUAUUGAAAAGCGCUUUCUUGACAAGUUUGUAAUCAAAUUUCUAGAUCAUGCUCCUCAAUUAAUGAAUAUGUAUCGGGCUCAGAUUGAACUUCUUGAUGUAGAAAUCCAAUCUACUAAGGGAAGGAUUGAACGGUUGUAA